AUGAGGGCGGCUGGGCCGAGCACCUCCUCACGCAUCCCGAUCCCAACGCCGUCUUUGACCGCUACUUGGCAAAAUGCAAGGAUCUCGGGCACGUGCACCCCUCCAAACCUGGAUCGAUCAGCGGGUCUGACAGAUUUGUUCAGUCUCGAUGUGAUAGAGCUGUCAUCGGGGUUCUUAUCGAUCCCGGAAGAUGACUGGCUCCGCCUGGUCGAUAAAGUCCACUCGUAUGAAUUGGAAGCAAAGCCGGAACUCGGGAUCCAGUUCGGAGCUGGCGGAGACACCCCAGCGGGUGGACUCGAAGCUCUUGGGACUUCUGAUCCCGGUAAGUUGGUCAAUUUGGGGAAGAAAUUCCUCGACGCUGGUGUAAAGCGUCUGAUGAUUGAAUCGGAGGGGAUCACGGAGAACGUGACAUCCUGGCGAACGGAUGUAGUGUCUAAGAUUAUGAAGGAGCUUCCCUCGGAGCAGGUGAUGUUUGAAGCUGCAGACCCCAAGGUGUUCAAUUGGUAUAUCCGGGAGUUUGGGGUCGACGUCAACCUAUUUGUAGAUCACAGCCAGAUUGUGCAGCUGGAAUGCUUGCGAGCCGGGAUCUGGGGGACUGCCGACACGUGGGGUAAGAUUGUUUCAUUUCGUUGA